CGUGCCACUUCAGGUGAAACCCAAAACAGCAGUGGAAAGGGGAUAAUUACCUCAAUUCACUAUGAGAAAACUCAUGGCCAAUAUCAGCUGCGUGGAGUAUUCUUGAUGUGAGUUCUGUUUUACAUUUCUCACUACCCUACAUCGAUUGUAGGAUUCAUGCUGAAAAUCCAUCCAGUUUCCCGAGACCCACUUCAUCACAGCCAUGUCUCACAGACUGAUCACAAUCACCUUUAUCUUCGCGACAUUACUGCUCUGUACUAUACUAUUCACGAGAUCAUCCCCUCACGUCUCAACAUCGCUAUCUUUACAAAAUCAUGCAGCGGUCUUUAGUAACGAUCCUCAUCUAAACUCAAGACUCGCUCAUGCCGAAAAGCUAUGGAAACGCUCUAUCAAAGCUCGCGAAGAAAUGGCCCAAGUAGUUGGCUAUGAUGCAAAGUUUCCCGACGGAUACAUGAACCCGUUCAACGUAUGGGACUUUGCUCGCCCAAGCUUCUUCUGUCCUCACGAUCUUGAGCGCGUUGGGUCAAUCAGUGAUGGCGGCAAGAUAAUCUGCGGUAUGUCGCGCUAUGAGAAGGAAUGCCCUGGCCCAUCGUCAGACUCAAACAAGGCACGGGAACUCAUCGUCUACUCAUUCGGGGUGAGUGACGACUCCUCUUUUGAGGCAGAACUACUCCAGCGCACGAAUGCUCGUAUAUGGGGAUACGACGGCACCGUUGAUAAGUGGGCGCAGCAAGUUCCCGAGUUUAUAUGGUCGCGUGCCAAAUUUCAAAAAGCGAUGAUUGGAAAGGUAUCAGACAGCAAGGCUAGACCGCCUGUGCUUUCGAUACAGGAUCUUAUGAAGAUAAAUGGGCAUUCUUAUGUUGAUCUUAUCAAGAUGGACAUAGAGGGAGCCGAGUUUGACGCUCUCACGUCGCUGAUUGAAUCUGUCAAAGAGCAGAGGAAGAAUGGAAAUGCGACUUUGCCUUUUGGUCAGUUGUUGGUCGAGAUGCAUCUUAAGAAAGCACCAGAAGGCGUCACGGUUCCAAACGACCUUAGAUCCUGGUUGAAGUGGUGGUAUUCUCUAGAGGCGAUGGGCUUGAGGCCAGUGAGCAAUGAGGACAACUGGAUUGGCGACAGGGUAUAUGGUAUGCCCAGAUUCAUGGAGUACACAUUUAUCAAUGCAAUGGAUAAGGAGCGGAAUUUGUUACUGUGGACAUGAAAGAUGAAGCCUUAAAUUCAAACUAUAGACAUAAUAUUUAUAAGACCAUAUAGUUCUGUCAAUUCUUAGAACCCUAGCUGAAAUCAGGCUGACUUGGGGUCUUGAGGCCACUUGUCCAAAGUAGCCUUCUUUCCAGUCAACGUGACUUCGAU